UCGACUCCUAGGAACCACAGAAGAACAGCCCGUUGUGUUGCACCAUGGCGGCGGUGCGCAGCUUGCGGGUGUCGGUGAAACCAGACAGCGGCUCGGACUCGGACUCUGAGUCAGAUAAAGAUGUUCGGGAAGCCGAACCAAUGGAGGUGGAGGACGGGGAGCUGGAGGACGAGGUGUCGGUGAGCAGGUCACUGAAGGAGCUGCUACCGGAUACGAGCCGGCGAUAUGAGAACAAGGCGGGAUCGUUCAUCACGGGGAUCGACGUCAACUCAAAGGAGGCGAUUGAGAAGAAGGAGAAGCGAGCGAGACGUUUCCACUUCCGUCCCGAAAACAACGCCGAGCAGCGAGACGUUCUGCUGGAUAAAGAAACCAUGAAGAAAGCGAUCCCCAACCUGAGGAUGGAGGCUCUCUACGUAACGGGAGUCGACGACAUGAGCACUCAGGACAUCUUCGGAUACUUUAAGGAGUAUCCUCCAGCUCACAUCGAGUGGAUCGACGACACCUCCUGUAACGUGGUUUGGCUCGACGACAACACGACGAUCCGAGCACUCGUCAACUGCAGCCGGCUGCCCGACCCUGAGACGGUUACCACGGAGACGGAGAGCAGCGAGCAGCCGGAGACACCGAGCAAAGUUCGUGGGGAGAAGUCUGAGGAGGAGGAGGAGGAGGGGGAGGUGGAGGAAGACGAAGACGACGAGGAAGAGGAGAAGGUGAAGAAGAGCAGUGAGGAGAUCGAGGUGAAGGAGGGGGAGGAGCAGAAGAAGAAGCCGGAGGACGUUCAGGUGGAGGACCUGUCUCUGACGGAGAGGGAGUCUCUGCUGAGGAACGAGCUGCGGCCCGCCAUCAGACCCUUCAAAGGAAACAAGCUGCUGCUGCGCUUCGCCACGCACGACGAUAAGAAGGAGCUGGGUGCGGCUCGGCGCAGCAGAUACUAUAUGAAGUACGGGAACCCAAACUAUGGAGGCAUGAGAGGCAUCCUCAGCAACUCCUGGAAGAGGAGGUUCCACACCCGCAGGAUCCAGAGAGACGUCAUCAAGACCAAGAAACCUCUGAUCGGAGACAACAUGGGACACACACCUCCAUACACACACAGGCACUCAGCCGACCUGGUGAACCUGCCUGAGGAGCCCAUCAAGGAGGAGGAGGAGGAAGAGGAGGAAGGAGACGAGGACAUGGAGGAGGACGACCGGGUGGUGGAGUACGGGGAUCGGAUUGGGGAAAGGGGCGGGGCUUCUCGCUCGGUGGGGGCGGGGCUCCGUGGCCGGGCUUCACGCUCCCCCUCCCCCUGGUCGGAGUCUGACGAGAUGGACUACGACCUGGAGCUGAAGAUGAUCUCCACCCCCUCCCCCAAGAAGAGCAAGAAGAUGACCAUGUACGCCGAUGAGGUGGACACCACCCUGAAGGGCAUCAGGAACAGGGUGGGAGGGUCGAGCUCUCAGGCUCGGGUCAAGUCCCCCCCAAAGGUGAGGGACGUCCGUCAGCUGCUGGAGGAGAAACGGAAAGGCCUCUCCCCCAGACAGCCCCCCACAGUGGCCCCCAUCGGAAAGACAGAUGUGCGGCAGCGGUUGGGGAAGAGACGUUACUCCCCCGACGGACGGCGCUCCCCUUCCCCCGUCUCCCCUACUGACACGCCCCCCGCCAGAGAACCAAUCAGAGAUGUGCACCGCAGACUGGGCGUGGCCAAUCAGGACAGAGGGGCCAACUCAUCCAAAGACAGGAAGUCAACGCUCUGGAGCAGACUGGGCUCGGCCGGAGAGGACACCAGCGAGCGCCUCUUCAUACCCUCGUCUUCAUCGGGGAGGAAGGACGCCUCCGGCAGCAGGAGGGGAGGCGACGGGGAGGAGAAGAGGCGGGGGGGCGAGGAAGAGGAGGACGACUCGGCGUUGCAGGAAGUUUGGGGUGCCAUGAUCAAACAGAAGCAGGAGCGUCUGACCACCAAGAUCAAGAAGAGCCGGCUGGACAACCUGCCGUCGCUGCAGAUCGAGAUCAGCCGGGAGAGCAGCGACGAGUCCGACAACUGAGACCUUCAUACUCCUCUUCCUCCUCAUCCAGGAACUGUGAGAUACAGACUGCAGAUCUGAGGCCGGGGGGGGGACAUGGCCGUCAGAAGUCCUGAUAUUUUUAUUUUUUGUUAGUUUUUUUGGCUAUUUGAAUAUCGAGAAUCACAGACCGGGCAUUUCUAUAAAAUUAAAGAUCAGACUCACUUUGUCUCUAGUGUCAAAUAAAUACUGAGGUUCAGCUGCAGCGUGUCGUCCACAAGCUCUCUGUUGCCUGGGAAACGUUACUGAAAGAGACAAAUCAACGACAAGGAGACAAAUACUUAAAAUGACUAAAAAAGGAACAUGAGACGACUUUGAAGGGACGCAAAAAGACUAAAAGGAGAUAAAGAACAACUUCAAAGAGAAAGGAAACGCAACAUCAAAGACGCACAAAUAUUAAAGACUGAAAACGACUGAAAAUUACUGAAGACCACAAAGAGAUAUAACUCAACUUCAGAGAGAAACAACAUCAAAGACAUAGAGAAUUACUAUAGACACUAUACGCCUUGAAAAUACUCAGAAUGAGAACGAGAUGACCUUAAAGACGAGAGAAAGGACUGCAAAGGGAUACAAAAUCACUCCCAUAUAUUCAAAAACACCUUCAAACACAACGAUCACAAAGACCUAAAACAACAUCCAAGACGUCUCAUACUACUACAAAGUGACAAGACGACUUCAAACAGACGCUGACGACGAUGAGAGAAAGUUCAUUUUGUAAAAUCCCCACGUGUUUACCCACAGCUCCUGAGAUAAAGGUGAUGUUCUGUAAGGAGGGGGGGUGGAGACUGAGUCGAUAUUAAACAGCCAAAAAACCCAAACGUCCGUUAGUAUUUGGUCAGAUUCUCUCCUCCAGUUUCCACAAAUCAUUCCCGUCCUGUGGGAGAUGUCAGCCUCAGAUCUGAUUUUGUAAAUUGUGUGUGUGUGUGUGUGUGUGUGUGUGUGUGUGGACCCCCCCCCCCCCCACAGGACGCUCCAGAACAUUCCUGCGUUUAGAUAAGGUGUUUUCCCGUUUCGUUGAGAUGUUUCCUGUGUGCAGACGAUCAAUAAAACACACCUGUGGACGAACUGUGGAAACCCCAGCAGAUGCUUUGCUGUCUGAAUAUUAAAGUGGGACGUUUCUCUUCCUUCUUUUAAACCCCUCAUGGAGCUGCUUCCUGUCUGUGACAUAAACAGUGUGCUGUACUUCCUGCAGUCCAACAUUAUAUCUGUUUGUUUUUAUUCUGUACUUUACGCAGCGGCAGGGUCACUCAAUUUAGAUUAUUAUUAAAAUUACAGAUGCAAACAUUGUUUUCUUUAUCGAUUAGUUUGCAAACAAAUGUCCUGCUUUAAUGGUUUUGUUUAUAAAAUGUCAGAGAAAAUUGUCAAUCUCAGUUCCUCAGAGUCAAGGUGAUGUGUUUAAAUGUCCACAAAUAUUCAUUUAAACAUGAUAUAUUAGAGAGAAACACACUGCGGGGACAUUUCGGCCCUGAUUGACUAGUGCUCCAACACAUUGUACAUAAUAGGCUAAGGUGCGGAACCUCUCUAAGUGGUUGACCAAUCACAACAGAGCUCUGGUUUCAGAAAAAUAAAGAGCUUUUUGAACAUUGAA